CUUCCUGUCAAGACCGGAAGCGUCGCGCGGAGCGGCACGGGCCAGCCGCGGGCAGAUUUCCUCAUAUUCUGGAUUCUGACUGUUUAUAAUGAAUGAUACAUUGGAGGUAGAUGUCAUUGGUCGAAGAGUUGAAGUUAAUGGAGAACAAGCAACAGUGCGUUUUUCUGGCAUUGUCCCUCCUGUGGCAGGACUCUGGUUAGGCGUAGAAUGGGACAAUCCAGAGAGAGGAAAGCAUGAUGGAAGCCACGAAGGGAUUGUGUAUUUUAAAUGCAGGCACCCAACAGGAGGAUCCUUUAUUCGUCCAAACAAAGUAAAUUUUGGAGUAGACUUUCUCACCGCAUUGAAGAAUCGCUAUGUGUUAGAAGAUGAAUCAGAGGAUGCUGGAAAGGCACACCCAGUUACCUUUGGGAGGAAAGAGGUGAAGACCAUUGGUUUUGACUCUGUUAAAAAAUGGCAGAGUCAACUGAGCAAGCUGCAAGAAAUUUCUCUGCGGAGCUGUGCUGUAAAUAGUGCUGGUGACAAAGGAGAAAUUGCCAAAGUGUGUCCUAACAUUAGGGAGCUAGAUAUGUCGAAAAACCUGCUGCCGUCCUGGGAUGAAGUGGUUCAUAUUGCUCAUCAGCUAGAACAUCUGGAAGCUCUUAAUCUCAGUGAAAAUAAACUCAAAUUUCCCUCUGGUCCACCAUCUCUAAUUGGAACAUUUUCAACACUGAAGAUUUUAGUCCUUAACCACACAGGAAUAACCUGGGCUGAGCUGCUCCAGUGCGCCUCUGGGUGGCCAGUCCUUGAGGAAUUGUACCUGGACGCUAACAAUAUUUGCAUUUCAGAAAGGCCAACUGAUGUUCUACAGAUGGUCAAGAUACUAGAUCUUUCGGCUAAUCGAUUAAUUGAUGAAAACCAGCUAUUUUUGAUAGCACAUCUGCCCAGAUUAGAACAACUAAUCCUUUCUGACAUUGGAAUUUCUACAAUACAUUUUCCAGAUGCUGGAAUUGGGUACAAAACAUCAAUGUUUCCUGCCUUGCAAUACCUUGUAGUAAAUGACAAUCAAAUAUCACAAUGGUCAUUUAUCAAUGAGCUGGAUAAGUUACAGAGUCUUCACUCUUUGACCUGCAUGAGAAACCCCCUGACUGAAGAAAGCAAAAAGGAGACCAAUCGUCAGCUCAUCAUCGCCAAAAUUGGUCAGCUAAGGACCCUGAACAAAUGUGAGAUUCUGCCAGAGGAAAGGAGAGGAGCUGAGUUGGAUUACCGAAAGAAUUUUGGAAGCGAAUGGAAAAAGGCUGGUGGACAUCAGGAUCCAGAAAAAAACAGACCAAAUGAAGAAUUUCUUGCAGCCCAUCCGAGAUAUGAGCUACUCUGCCGCAAAUAUGGCGCACCUGAAGAUGGGGAACUCAAGACACAACAACCAUUUCUGCUCAAAAACCAACUCCUAACAUUGAAGAUAAAAUUUCCUAAUCAACUUGAUCAGAAAGACAUAGAAAAACAAUUGCCAGAAUCCAUGACAGUUCAGAAGGUGAAAGGAUUGCUGUCACGUCUUCUCAAAGUUCCUGUGUCAAAACUUCUGUUGUCCUAUGAGACUCCCAAAAUGCCGGGCAAAGAGAUUGAACUAGAAAAUAACCAAAACUCAUUAAAUUAUUACUCUGUGGAAAAUGGAGAUUGCCUUUUAGUGCGAUGGUAACAACUAACUAAGACAAUUCAGAUACUAGAUUUAUCAUGACUGGGAUUCAAUGAAAUACAUGAUUGAUUAGAAUAAUUAUCUGGUCAAAAUACUGAGGAUUUACAUCUUGCCUUAUGUAAAGAAAAGGCCGUAUUUUUUGUUGGGAAUAAACCAUUUCUAGGUAUGUAUAUAAAUAGCAAUAAUAAAGGAUUUCAAACUACU